AUGGGAGCAUUUCCCCAAAUAAAGUUUUAUAUCGACUUGAUCGCUAUGAUACUUGCCAUCGUAACCAACUCUACACUCAUUCUUCUUGUCAUCACUAAAUCCCCACAAAGACUUGGAAAUUAUAGACAUCUCAUCUGCUAUUUUUCUGCAAUAUCGAUUGUAUUGGCGUUAUUGCAUUUUCUGGUCCAACCGUACGUUAUGAGUGAAGCAAGCUUUUUUAUUGUCAUGAACUUAAAAAAUAGUCAUCUUCAAAAUCAUCCGACUGCUGCUCUUUUGCUACUUUCCAGUGUUCAUGGAUUGUUCGAGGUUACAAUCUAUGCGAUCUCGAUUAAUUUCAUCUUCAGAUAUUUCGCACUACAGAGACAAGAUCUGAAGGAAAUGUACGAUUUGGAUAUUGACAAGGCUACGUAUUCUGGAUGUUUCUACUAUACCAUUGAUGAAUAUGGAAAUAAACAUUGGAAUUGGAAAGAACUCUCAGGAAUUUUUUUGAACCAUUUUAUGAAGGUUAUUCCAUUAUUCAUCAUAUUCUACUUUGGAACCAAGAGUUAUAAAAUAAUCAGAGGAUUGAUAUCUCAAGGAGAGAGUGAAUAUUCUAGAAGACUGCAGACUCAACUGUACAAAGCAUUGGUUGCUCAGACUCUGAUCCCCUUAAUCUGCUUAUUUCUUCCCAUCGGCGUGUACUCCUUAAGCCCGUUAGUUGGUUUUAGCAUUGAGUGGGCGGGUUUGAUAUUUGAGGGUUUGCUUGCAUUGUAUCCCGCAAUGGAUCCGAUUCCAAUUAUCUUUCUGUACUUGAUUAGCGAUGCGAGCUUCUUUUUGGUCAUGAAUUUGAAAGAUGGCCUGUUUGAAAAUUAUCCAACUGUUGCUCUUCUGCUGCUGGACGGUCUUGCUGGAUUGUUUGAUACUACUAUUCAUGCAAUAUCAAUCAGCUUUGUCUUCAGAUAUUUCGCCCUUCAACGACAAGAUCUGAAGAAUAUGUACGGCUUGGAUAUUGAAAAGACCACAUAUUCUGGAGGUUUCUAUUGGACAAUUGAUGAGUACGGAGAUAAAAUAUGGAAUAUUAAAGAAGCGUCUGGAAUCAUGGUUCUGAAUAUUAAGAAGCUUAUUCCAUUAUUCAUCAUAUUCUACUUUGGAACCAAGAGUUAUAAAAUAAUCAGAGGAUUGGUAUCUCAAGGAGAGAGCGAAUAUUCUAGAAGACUGCAGACUCAACUGUACAAGGCAUUAGUUGCACAGACCCUGAUCCCAUUGUUCUUCAUAUUUUUCCCUCUCGCUGUGUAUGGCAUGGGCCCAUUUAUUGGUCUUAGCAUCGAGUGGGCUAAUUUAAUACUCGGAUCUUUCUUUACCGUGUACCCUGCUCUGGAUCCAAUUCCCAUCAUAUUUUUGGUGGAUGACUAUCGGAAUGCCUUUUUGAACUUCUUCCGUCGAAUAUUUUCAAAGCAUCAAAUUGCUGCGGUGACAUUCUACGAUUCGAAUAUGAAUACUUUCCAAGCAUGA